GGGUACGUGGAGCUGCACGAGUUGGUGCUGGACAGCAAGAAGGAGCUGUGCUGGAUGGAAGCCGGGCGCUGGCUGCAUCUGGAGGAGAGCAUGGAGCCGGGGGGGACCUGGAGUAGCCACCUCCCCCUGCUCACCUACAACGGGCUGCUGGAGCUGCGCCGUGCCUUCGCCAGAGGCAUCGUGCUGCUGGACGUGGCGGCCACCUCGCUGGCAGCCAUGGCCCACACACUGCUGGAGCAGCUCAUCUAUGAGGGGCAGCUGAAGCCGCAGCACCGGGACGACGUCCUGCGGGCGCUGCUGCUGCAGCACAAGUACGCACGGAUCCCCGGUGGGAUCUUCAAGGAUCACCCGCUGCAGUGGGAGUACAACGUGACGAACGCCGUGGACCCAUCGGUGCCCAAACCCAACACGGCGCUGCUGUCCCUCGUCCUCAUGGCUGGCACCUUUUUCCUCGCCCUCUUCCUCCGCAAAUUUAAGAACAAGCGCAGCGGCACUGAGCGACGGUAG